UACUUUAAUUGGGCUGUAUUUUGAUGUGGACAUUUACUUUAGUACUUCUUCCACCACUACUCACAGGGACAUGCUUCACUUUCUCGUGUUCAGUUUUUCCUUAUUUUGAAAGUUAUAACCGGAAACUGUUGCAUUCAGCUGGACUAUAAGUGCUGCUGUGGGCCGCAGACUCAGAACUUCUCCAUCAGGACCAGAGGCGGCUGGGGCGGUUUCAUGGACGGGGUUUAUGUCUGAAGUCACAUAUUUGAUUUGUUGCAGCACAUGUCUGUGGAGGAGACGGAUAACACGGACCAGUUAGUUGACGGUUAAAAUGAGCCCGGUUUUAGUUCUUCUGCUUGUCUUUGUGCGAACCGCAGAGCUCCGUUAUGCCCACACAGACCCAAAGUUUCGGCCGGAGCUGCAGCGGACUGAGGAUGCUCGCACGCCACCUGCGGAGACCAAGGAGUCCACGGAGAGUAACUUUCUAGGUUGGGUUGAAAGGUCCAAAGCUCCGGAUGUGAAACGAGUCGCCCGCGGAGCCAAAGAUGGGAGUUUCAGGAGACGAGACCCACUCUCUCCCGGUAGUCACGGGUACCCGCGACUGUACGACGACCCGAGUGGUUACUUCACCACACCGCGGACCGACCAUUACACCCCCGUGCCCCCGAGUAAUAACGCCUCAUCGGCUCAGGGGUCGGGGCUCCUCAACCCGCUAUACCCUGUCACCGACGGGUCCUACUGGGCGUACGCCGUCAUGCUGCUCGCACUCGUGCUGUUUGCGGCGGGCAUCGUGGGAAAUCUCGCGCUCAUGUGCAUCGUGUGGCACAACUUCUUCCUGAAGAGCGUGUGGAACUGCAUCCUGGCGGGCCUGGCGUUCUGGGACUUCCUCGUGCUAUUCUUCUGCCUGCCGGUGGUCGUCUUCCACGAGCUCACCUUGAAGAGGUUGCUAGGAGACUUGUCCUGUCGGCUCGUGCCCUACUUGGAGGUGACCUCUCUGGGUGUGGCCACAUUCAGUCUCUGUGCUCUGAGUAUUGAUCGUUUCCAUGCGGCCACCAACCCCGGGCCCUUUCAGAAACCGAAGGUGGAGCCUUGCCAGUCCAUCCUGUCCAAGCUGUCUGUCAUCUGGGUGGGCUCCAUGGUGCUGGCCACCCNUGAGCUGCUUCUGUGGCAGCUUCUACAGGAAACCGUCAGUCUGCCAACACUCCCCGCCGACCUGCAGCAAAGCCAUCCAGGCGCUUCGCUGAUGGCUGCCCUCAGAGGCAGAACAGCUGGGUUUAAGGUGGACAUCUGUGUCCGGGAGCCAUCUGCAGAGCUCCCAGAGAGCAUCUACGCUCUGGUGCUGACCUACCACGGGGCCCGCAUGUGGUGGUUCCUUGGUUGCUACAUCUGUUUGCCACUGCUAUUCACUCUAGCCUGCGACUUGGUGACGAGGCAGGUGUUAGCGCAGCAUCUUCUGCAGAAACCUGGGGCUACCAAGGUGACCAGCAGAUGCUCCUCCUCCUCUUCGUCUUCCACCUCGACAAAGAAGAAGCCACAUGUGAGGGAGCAGAGGCUGCGCUCAACAGUGAUGGCACUCACCACCUUGUAUAUCACAUGCAACCUGCCGGAGAGCAUUUGUAAUAUCACCCUGGCGUACAUCUCCCCAGAGCUGCCAGCUGUGGCUCUGCCAGUGCUGGGUCUGGUCGGACAGUUCCUGCUAUUUGUGCGAUGCUCCGCGACACCAGUGUUGCUGCUGUGCCUCUGUCGAUCCCUGGGCCAGGCCUUCAUGGACUGCUGCUGCUGCUGCUGUGAAGAGUGCCUCCCGGACAGCAACUCCUCUUCAUCCUCCUCGGCCUCAACCGCUGUCACCUCCACCCUCUCCUCACCCACAUCGCCCUCUCCAUCCUCUCUGUCCCCUUCCAGCAAAGAGGAGGCACUGAAGAUCGUGUUGCCCACAGAACCAGCAGUUAAUGACAAGGUGAAAGACUCUUCAGCAGCUAUCGGGACACCCUGCUGAGGCCCAGACCCGGCCUGUGUAACUUUAAAGUUUUUUUUUACAAAAUGGUUUUUAUUUAUUAUAGCUCUGUCCAUCAUUUCUAUCAGUAAUAAAACAUUUUACUCACUAAGUAAAUCGCUGAGAUUUGGCAACACAGUACAUACAAUACAGUUGGAUCAUCUGACUCCUGGCGUCAGUAUCACCAACCUGAUGAAUAUAAAGUUAGUACUGCUAGAAAUGAUGGACAAAACUAUGAAAACAAGAUCCAAGAUGUAGUAAAUUCUCGGUUUAUAUGUAGUGACAGUGUAGAGCCACUGUAGGAGCAGAAAUGUGUGUGACUAUUUAGAUAAUUAUAAACAUGUUCUAAAAAAGUUUAGCGUUGUCCACCUGGAUUUAAUUAUGUCAUUGUAGGACUUGUUAAUAAUUUCCUGACAUUUCAGGUUAUUAGUAUUUCCUGCUCCAAGUACUGUAUGAGAGUGAAACACUGGAUAAUUUGAGUUUGGGGGAUUUUAGAAGCAGGCAGAUAAACUGAAAAUGAAAACAUACUGAGACUUGUCAGAUGACUGACAGACUGCUGUUUCUUUUAUGACUUUGCUGUUCCUGCUCAUGUAUUUCUACACAGGACAUGUAAUGUAAGUGAUAAGUCACAGCUCCACACAUGUGAAACACCAGCAGUUAUGCUGAUGAAACACCUUCCUGUGCAGACAUCAGCUCACACUGGUGAGAGAUCAAUCAGAAACAUGAAACAAUUCCACAUGAAGUUUGACUUUUUUUACUUUUUUUAUUGUUUUUGCUUUAGUAAAGUCUGGAUUUUCUAAAAGAAGAAGUUUUGCAUCACCUGUGAGUAACUCCUUCUCAGUGUAUUUCUUUACAGUCGGGUGUACAUUAUAGUAGUAAAGCUUUUCAUGAAUGCUCUAUCUGCCUCUUAGUCCACUAAUAAUUACAGUAGAAAUGUGUUACACCUUUCACAGUCCAGCUGACUGAACGUACUACAGUAUGUCUGAAAGUAGUAGUUUUAUCUAUCAUUUUAAAUAUGAAUUGAGGAGUUUAUAUGUUUUAAUUUUUUUAAUCAAAGCUACAGAAUUUUUUUCCAGCAGGAGAGCCAUAAUUAAGAAUUACAUCUUAAAAGAUAAGUGGUGAUAAUUUGUAUUUUACUUAUUGUCAACAAAUCCAGUGGAAAGACUAAAACCAAGAGUCAACUGAUCCUGUGUAUGUUCCAUAGCGCUCAGGAGACAUUAAAAACACUUGAGUCACACUGUUGCACCAGUUGCACCAGUUCAUCGCUUGCUGCCAGAAGGUACUCACUAAAGUCCCCAAGAAAUCCACCACUUGUACUCCGGUUUGAGUAACACUGGCUAAAGAUGCCAGUGCCCAACUGUUUUGUUAGAUUACAGAGACUUUUAAAAAUUGUUUUUAAAGACAUUUUUGUGGGGACUUUUAAAAGAGUUAUGUUUUCAGUAGGAGCUAAUGGAUUUUGGGCUGAGUGCCACAAGGUAGUCAGAAGUCCAUCCAUCCAUUACCUAUAGCACUUAUUCCUGAAUAAUGAGGGGUGCUGGCGCCAAUCCCAGCUGACACU